AUGCGACAUGGCGCGCCAGCUGAACCUCAUGGAUUGCUUUGCACUGCACACAUCGUAUCGUAGACUGGGGCUCCACCAACGUUGAUGGACUUGCUUGAAACACUUGUCUGCGGAGCCAAAAGGAAGUGAGCUUUUCAACUUCUGAUCAUUGGCCUCUGCAAAACACCUUGCAUACGCCUCUUCACAUCACUACUGCGCCUUGGUUGCACACGAUUUCCGUAUCGGGAUACCUACGUCCAAAGCUGAGAGAAGGUUUGCGCCCAACCGCUUCCACCAUGCCUCUCGUGGCGAUUCUAUCCUUGUUUCGUGUGACCGGUACAGAGCACAACCGCUAGUGCCUCGCUCAGAUGGUCCACUCGGACUGCAGCAGGUAGAGUGUGGCUUGCAGAAACAGUUCACCAGCAAUACUUCUGUAACUCAUUUAACCAGCCUGUCGCUGUUUUGGUUACAUCUGCAUACUGACAUCUCUGCUGCUCGUCCCAAACGGCCAUCGUCAUGACUGGACCACUCCCCAUCGCCCUGCUCUCUGCGGUAGCUUGGGCUAAGCUUGCACUGGGCAAUGCUGUGCCUCUUGUGCCUGCCGAUCCUACCAUUACCACGGCUGCGAUGCUGCCGCGACAAAACGCUAACAACUGGAUCGGAUGGGUAGAGGAGUCGGGUACUUGGGUGAGUUCGGUGUGCGAUCCCGGCAACACAUGGUAUCAGAAUGGGCAGUACGCUCAGUGCUGUCCAGAAACCAAUCAAGCUUGCAAUGCGCCCACUGCCUGCGUCUCUGGUUCUCAAAUCUAUCCGUUUCCGUCGUUUGCUACGACGACAACGGUCGCAUGUACUUCAAACUACAACGACACACGCAUGUCGAUUUGCAACACCGUCUUCAUCUUCGAGAGCUUCGGCGACUCCAACCCCAAAACAGACAUCGUCUGCGGAAGUGAAUCGCAAAACUGGUCCUACUACCGCAAAAUACCCGCCUCUGCCACCGAGGCGAAAACCACCCAAUCCUCAGCCGCCGGCUCAACGACCCCCUCCUCCUCAACCUCCAGCUCCAAAACAUGGAUCGCCGGCGCAGUCGCCGGCCCCGUAAUCGGCCUCGCCCUCAUAGCGCUGAUAUUCUUCUGCCUACGCCGCCGCAAGGCCAAAAAGGCCUCCGCAGCCUCUGCCCAAGGCAGCGCAACCAUGGCGACCGUCGACCCCUCGCGCCCCCCUCCCGGCGUCGGCGGCUACACAGACGCAAAACCCCAGUUCACAACCGAACAGCAGGGAUACUACCCCCCGCAGCAAGGCUUCGCGGAAACGUCGGCGUCCCCGCCGCCGCAGUUCGUUGCGCCCGUGACGAAGUACGCGUAUGCGCCUGGUGCUCCGGAAUUGGGUGGUCAUCAGACGAUGGGCGCAUAUGCAGGACACACGCCGGAAUUGGCGGGGCAGGUGCAUACUGCGCAGCCUAGUGAGUUGAGUGGGAUGAGGUGAGGUGAGGGGUUGGUGGGGCGAGGGUGGCGUGUAACGUGGUAUGAAGUGAACUAUAUAACGGCAUGUUAGUCAAUCUUUACGCUCGAUAUGAACUAUUCUCAGAUAUGUCCAUCUCCCCUUUUUGCUAUCGAGUCGGUGGGAUGGAUUGGGAGUGGUGGAAAGACAUUGUAAGGCUUCCUCUAUAGGUUGUAGAAAUCGCCUUUCUGCGACAAAGGAGAGUAUCUCGACGUCAUGUCGUGGAUGAAUGAAUGGAAGUAAUGUAUGAAUCGAAGGAGUGUAACUACCAAGUAUACAAUAUCUAGG